CUUGGAAUGCCAGGUGGAAUUUUAGGUUAUUCCGUGAAUAUUGUUAUAAAUAAUUACUAAUUCCUCGGAAAGUUUACAUUUAACGGUGCGCCAUGAAGAUCUACACCAACGAGAAUAAUACCUCCACGCUAAAGCUGCUCAUAGCGGCUAAUUUAGCAGGGAAAAAAGUGGAGUUGAAGAGUGCGACUUUCGGAGACGAUGUAUUCGCAGGCCCGCGCCAGCUGCCGCUGUUAGAAGUGGACGAUCAGCUCACGUUCUUCUCCAGUAAUGCGGCCAGCCAGUUCCUGUUUCCCGUGCUAGAUCUGUCGGAGAAUGGACAAUGCCAACAGAUGCAAGAGUGGGAAGCGACGCGUCUGCAGCCCUCAGUGGCAGCAGUGCUCUCAUCAAAAGUCCCUCCCUCCGACGUGAAGCAAGCACUACAAGCGAAUCUGACUGUCGUGGACUCGCUGUUAGGGACUAACAAGUUUAUAUUAGGGAGCAAGUUAUCAGCAGCGGACAUCUCAAUAUGGAGCACAUUAUACCCACUGUGCUACAACACCGAACUGAAGCAGUACACAGCUGAGUUUAAGCACAUAGCGCGGUGGGCGGAAGAACUGGCGGCGGCUAAGGCAAUACAAGAGGCGUUAAAACAAUGGAAUGGUUCUCCAAAUGGGCCUUUCGGCGCAUCAUCAGCGUUGGGGGCACCGCUACUGGCCAGCUUGGUGUCUCCUGUGGGGUCUCCAGAAGAAGUAGAGACAGGUCCAACGGCAGAUGAAAUCGAAGCGGCCAAAGAGAACUGGCUGAAUGGACACAAGAAUCUGCAGCCAGCGCUAAAGGAAGAAAAAGUCGUAUUGCCAGUAAAAGGACGCAAGAACAUCCUCAUCACCUCCGCGUUGCCAUACGUAAAUAAUGUUCCGCAUUUAGGCAACAUUAUUGGCUGUGUGCUCUCCGCGGACAUAUUUGCAAGAUAUUGUCGAUUAUGUGACUACAACACGCUCUAUAUCUGCGGUACAGACGAAUACGGCACGGCUACUGAAACAAAGGCGAUAGAGGAGGGCCUGACGCCACAGCAGAUCUGCGACAAGUACUUCGAGAUCCACAACGCGGUGUACCGCUGGUUCAACGUCGGCUUCGACUAUUUCGGCCGGACCAGCACUAAGGAGCAGACCGAAAUCUCACAAAAGAUGUUUUUGAAGCUGAAGGACAAUGGAUUCGUCAGCUCGCAAUCCGUCGAGCAGUUGCUUUGCGAGAAAUGCGACCGAUUCCUGGCUGACAGAUUCGUAGAAGGCACGUGUCCGCACCCCGGCUGUUUAUACGACAACGCUCGCGGUGAUCAAUGCGACAAGUGCGGGAAACUCAUCAACGCGAUCGAACUCAUAUCACCCCGAUGUAAAGUGUGCGGCCACACACCUACGGUUAAACCUAGCAGUCAACUGUUUAUUGAAUUGGGACAGCUAGAACCAUCCCUCCGUACUUGGAUAAGCGCCACCGAAGGCCAUUGGUCUCCGCCCGCGCGCGCGGUUUGCCGUGCGUGGUUGCGUGAACCGCUACGAGCCAGGGCUGUCACCAGGGACUUGAAGUGGGGCGUGCCGGUGCCAGUGGAAGGGUUUACUAGCAAGGUGUUCUACGUGUGGUUCGACGCGCCGAUCGGCUACCUCAGCAUAACACAGAACGCGACACGACAAUACGAGAAAUGGUGGAAACCUGACAAGGAGUAUGAUGUGAAACUAUACCAGUUCAUGGCCAAAGACAACGUUCCGUUCCACACGAUUAUGUUCCCAGCGACACUGAUGGGCAUCAACGAAGGACACGUGCUGGUCAACCAUUUGUUCGCGACAGAGUACCUGAAUUAUGAAGAAGGAAAGUUCUCGAAAUCAAGAGGGGUGGGCGUUUUUGGCACAGAUGCACAGGACACGGGCAUCCCAUCAGACGUGUGGCGGUUUUACCUGGCCAGCAUCAGGCCUGAGACCUCAGACUCCAGCUUCAGUUGGGUCGAGCUAGGAACCAGAAACAACUCAGAGCUCCUGAACAACCUGGGUAACUUCUGCCAUCGAUCCUUAAGCUUCUGUGCGAACAGCUUCAAGGGAAAAGUGCCUGACGUCAUCCUGACGCCGAGUGACGCGGAACUGGUCGCUUUAGUGAACAGAGAGAUAGUCGCAUACGUACAACACAUGGAGAAGGGCCGCCUUCGAGAGGCGCUGAGGCACGUGCUGUCGAUAUCCCGGCUCGGCAACCAACACAUGCAGUCUGAACAGCCCUGGGUGCUUCUCAAGGGCUCCGAUGACGACAAGCAGCGCGGUGCCACAGCCAUAGGCCUGUGUUGCCAGCUAGUGGCAGUGCUAUGCGCGCUACUAUCGCCAUACGUGCCUGACACUGUGCGCAAACUACGAGCGCAGUUGAACGUUGACGCUACUGCUCUGAGGAUCAACCCUAACAACCCAGCCAUGAUUCAGUACCUGCCUUCCGGCCACGUGAUCGGCAAGCCGGAGCCUUUGUUCGCGAAGAUCGAACCAGAACUGCUGGAGAAACUAAAGGCCAAGUAUGCUGGCACGCAGAGCGAGAGAGCUAACGUGAACGGCGACGUGAAUAAGUCAGCUGCUGAAUUAGAAGCUGCCAUCGCGGAACAGGGCGAAAAAGUACGCAAGCUCAAAGCGUCGACCAAAGACAAGGCGGUGUGGCAGCCGGAGGUCGACAAGCUGUUGGCACUCAAGAAGCAGUUGGCAGCCGCUCAGAGUUUACAACCUCAAACGACCACAGGCAGUAGCGGACAAAGCGCCGCGGACUUAGAAAAAGCUAUUGCUGAACAGGGCGACAAAGUGCGCAAGCUCAAAGCGUCGACCAAAGAUAAGGCGGUGUGGCAGCCGGAAGUCGACAAGUUGUUACAACUUAAAAAACAGUUAGCGGCCGCUCAGUCAACUGCCAGUAGCGGUAGCGUCGCUAACUCUCAAGCAAAGAGCGCCGCCGACUUGGAGAAAGCUAUUGCUGAACAGGGUGACAAAGUGCGCAAACUCAAAGCGUCGACCAAAGACAAGGCGGUGUGGCAACCGGAAGUGAACAUUCUACUGGAUCUGAAGAAACAACUUGCCAGUUUGCAAGUCAAAUAAAACAACUUAACAAUACAUUUCAUCUAUAAAUAUCCAUUUCGAAAACACGUUAGAAAAAUUUAGGUAAACCCAUAAGUGACCCAGAUAUUUUUAUGGCCGAUCUGUGUUUCCAUGGCCGUAACUAUCACAAAAAAGCUACAUGACCAGAGCGAAGUUAUAGAUGACCCACGCUGAACUGUCCCACCAUACUCAGGGGGGCGCUACCAUCGUUCAACUAUAUGGUUUCCAACAUGGCAAAAUGCAGGGUGUUUCAAAUUGAAAACGAUUGCGAAACAGUGUGUUACAAGUUUGUCAACCAUAAUUUAUUGAUUAAAUGUAUUUUAGUUACUUUUAAAACAGAUCUACUAUAGGUAUAUUUUAUUUAUGAAAGACAAUCUAUUGAAUAGAUGUUUAUUUAUGCAUUUUUGUAUUAUUGUUUCGAGCCGGUGUAAUAUUUUUUUCCUUGUUUGAUGUUAAACAUCAUUAUCAAUAGGCUUGUCACAAGUAUGUACAAAGUGAUCUAGUUAACUGCACACCUGGCAGCAGUGACGUCACAUCGACGCUUUAUUACGGACGGAGCAAACGUGGCGUGGGAGAGUCGCGUUCCAGCUAGGUGCGCAGUAAACUAGAUCAGUUUGUAAGCACCUUUAAUAUCCUGUGGUGUUUCUUUUACCGAUUUAUGUGUUCAGUGUACUGACGAGUAUUAGUGAGAAGUCUGCUAUUUAUUGUGUAGAGGGCAUAAGGAUGGGGCCGUAUCCAUACUUAAUUUAAGAAUUAUUUUUAUUAACCUACAUUUAAUAUUUAUGUAUUAGGGACGUUGAGGUGCACUCUGUAUAAAUUCUUUCAGGGAUUUAUUUAAGUAGUAGGUAAUUCCAUAAUGUAAAAGCGUAAUUUUGUAUUUGGAUACGGUAUGAUAUGUUACUUAAGGGCAGAGUACAAUGUGAAACGAGAUUGAAUUUGCAAUAUACGUAUUUAUAGUA